AUGGCGGACCAGGAAUUGGCAUUGGUUAAUAAGGUUGAACUUAGAAUUGCAUUAGCUGAAGAUGAUAAACUGUUUGAGAAUGCCUUGAACUUAUAUCUUGCGCCGGUCUUAUUGAAAUUGGCAAGUCCCCACGCAGCAGUUAGACAAGCAGUGCUUAAGAUUAUCCAACAUGUCAUUCCAAGAAUAACUGCAGCACGAUCAAUUAAACUCCCGGUUGAUAAUCUUAUCCAACAAGUCAAAUCCCCCAAUGUUGCAGGAGAUCUGAAUUCCGUAAGACUUUAUUCGACAUUAUUUAUAUCCAGAGGUGUUGACAGAUUGAGUGUUGACGAACAGAAAAGCUUAAUCCCAAGUGUUAUUGAAGGAAUUCAUAGCUAUCCAAGAGGCAUAUCAGCUAGAAUGUUUAACAUAUUGUGCAAACUAUUGAAGAAUUGGAAGCCACCAAUGAAGGGAACAACAGAAUUUGAUGAUUUCAGAUCGUCAUUUCUUGAAUUUGAUAAAAACCCAACCGAUGAACAGUACCUUUCUAUGAUUAUUAGUAAAUUCAUGAUGCUAUUACCAGAUUCCAACAAUAAAACUUCACCAGGGAUGAAUAUCCAAGAUAAUACCUUUUUCAACUCAGAUGCUGGUGUUACUUACAAAACAAGAGACGACAUCUUCAAUGUGAAACAAAGUUUGCUUGAGUUUGCAAAAGUGGGGUUUUCAGCAGAGCAGUUAGCAUUGCCAUUGUUGAUUUCUUCCGCUGACCCAUCAUCAUCCAUCAAUGAGUCUUCUGAAAUUGCAUUUAAAAAAUUGGGCAUUGAUUUGGAUAAAGUAACAGUUUAUGGUGGUGUUUCACUCAUCAAGCACAUAAUUUGCUUGUUUCUUGGUGAAGAAGUUCCAGUCGCUGAUUCAAACCUUCAAUGCAAGAUUCUCCAAGUUUUGAUCAAAAGUAGUAGUGUGGAUUCGCAAGAUAAGAUAGCUACAGUUUCCCUUAAUUCCGACAAUGCUAGAUUGAGACUGUUGGCUAUCCAGUUUAUCAGAAAACUUGGGCCAGCUUCGGGUAUUGGUAAUGACGAUGACUUUGAAAGGUUCAAUGAAGAUAUAGCCCAUCAAUUAAGGAACAGUAUACUAGCAGAUGGCUGGCCAAGUAUUGAAGUUUCAAAUGGAACAAACUAUCUGAAAAGACUAAAUGAUGUACAAUCGAAAUAUGAAGCGUUGGGCGAAAUAUUAAAGAAUCAUCCAAAGAUUUUCUACAAUGAUUGGUCAUUCUUAGAAUUUCUUUUUGACUCAUUGGCUGGAAAUUCUCAGACUUCGGAAUUGAUUUCAUCUAUUCAAAAUGCACUCUCAGGAUUGACAGUACACUUGGUUGGACUUUCGGAAGAUAAGAAACUUGCAUUGAAGAAUUUGAUUAGAAAACACAUCAGCAACAAUGCAGCGAAAUACAUCGCUAUCAAAUAUGUCAACUCUGCUUACCCAUUUUCAGAUCCAGAGGCAAGAUAUUUGUCGAUAUUAGGAACUUCGAAGAAUAAUGCACCACAUACUAUCGAAGAGGCGUUGAAUGGAUUGCACCCAUACUGGUUUAACAUCAACCAAGUCAGUAAUACGACUGAAUUCAAGUCGACUUCGUAUUUGCUAGGUCAAGAGUCAAUCGUGAGGUUUCCUUCAUUUUCAGCUUUUGUUGAUCGACUCAAUAAGGAAAUCGAAAGGGCAAAAGACCAACAGCAAUCAGCCAUUUUCCAAGCACUCCCUAAAGCAAUCGAGUUUGCAGAACAAGUUUUAGUCAUGCAAGCCAUUGAAGGUAAGGAUACUGUUGUUAUUCCAGACCAGGAUUGGUCAAUUAGAUUAGAAAAGGCGAUCGAAAUGAAUGAUACUGUUAGAAAAUUAUUGAUUUCCAAAAUGAAGGAAGAAAACUUGCAAAAAAGUAUCUUUGAACUUUUAAAUAUUUGCAUUGAAGGAUUAAUUGGCCAGUUUAAAAACUCUACUGGGGUGGUUUUAGAUACGACAUACUCAUUGAUUUUAGCUAGAUUGAUUUCAUUUUCAUCUGGUCCAGCUGUUGCGUUGUUAAUUCCUAAGGUUUCCGAGUUAUUGGAAUUGGUUGAUACUCAUACAUUCGAUGAUAUUUCGUUAUCCCGAAUUUGUAAAGCUAUCGGUAUAAUUGCAAGUCAUCCUAACAAUACUGAUGAAGAUGUUCGUGCUUUGUUGAAUACUUUGGUAAGCAAUCUUUCAUAUCAAAAAUCGAAAUCGAGAGUUUUGGUUGUAUGCUAUUUAAUCUCCAGAUUGACAUUAAGAGAUAGGUUGAGUUUGAUUUCAGGCAAUGAAUUAUCCACUAUUUUGCAGACUCUUGAAGGAAUGUUACUCGACGCCAGUUUUUACUACUUGGCAUUAGAUGCUAUAUCACAGCUAUCGAUGUUUGGUACUUUGGGACCAAUAAUUAACCCAGAAUCCAAACCAUUUGUUGAGAGAUUCAAAGAGAUUAUUCGAAUUAGAGUUAAGAAGAUUGAUGAACGUUCAGUGUUAGCCCUUGGAUAUUUAACUUUAACUGAAGAGAAGUCAUCAAUAGAUGAGUUGCUGAUUGACGAACAAACCAUAUACAACACUUAUGUGUCCAAACAAGUCGAAUAUAUUUUCACAUCUGGAGAAGCACUUGUCUUAGAUGCUGCAGGUUGGGAGUCCCAGUUGUUGAACAAGCAAUUAGAUAUUCCUGAUGAGACAAUCAAAUAUGUGCCAGUAAAUGCAUCUAGAGUUUCAGUCUUAUUGAACACGGUAUUGGCAGCCUGUGCUAACACUCAACCAUCGUUAAGAAAAGCUGGUUGUAUUUGGUUGUUGUCAUUUGUUCAAUAUUGUAAACAUUUGGAAGCAGUUCGUCUGCGAGCUUCUGAAAUCCAUGUUGCAUUUAUGAAAUUUUUAGCCGACAGAGAUGAGUUAGUUCAAGAGUCCGCAUCCAGGGGGUUGGGAUUGGUUGAUGAAAUGGGUGAUUUUGAUUUGAAGGAGACUUUAGUUAAAUCAUUAUUGAAAUCAUUUACACAAUCAAACACAACCAAUUUCACUUCAGGAUCUGUUGAACAUGACACUCAGUUGUUUGAACCUGAUUUAUUAAGAACAAACGAGGGAUCCGUGUCUACAUAUAAGGAUGUUUUAAAUUUAGCCCAAGAUGUCGGUGAUCCUAGUUUGGUUUAUAAGUUUAUGUCCUUGGCUAAAAGUUCAUCAUUGUGGUCAUCAAGAAAAGGUAUUGCGUUUGGAUUGGAGUCAAUUUUAGCGCAGUCAUCUUUAGAUAAAUUAUUAGCCAACAACCAACAAUUAUCUGACAGAUUGAUUCCUAAGUUGUUCAGAUAUAGAUACGAUCCAAAUUUGGGUGUUUCCAAGUCUAUGAAUGAUAUUUGGAAUUCCUUGAUUAAAGACACGUCGAAAGCGGUUGAAGUGAACUUUGAAAAAAUCCUAAAUGAAUUGUUAGCUAGUAUGGGUAAGAAGGAAUGGAGAACUCGUCAAGGAAGUACUGCUGCUUUGAAUGAUUUGUUACAGAUGGUAGAAUUAGACAAGUAUCAAAAAAGACUUGAUGAAAUUUGGACCAUGAGCUUUAGAGUGAUGGACGACAUUAAAGAAAGUGUUCGUAAAGAAGGAACCAAUUUAACUAAAUCAUUGGCGACAAAGUUUACCAGAAUAUUGGAGAAAAAUUCUGGUCAAUCCCCAAGAACUGAUUCGUUGUUACUGUUCUUGAUUCCAUUUUUACUAGGAAACAAGGGGUUGUUAUCCGAUUCUCAGGAAGUUAAAGACUUUGCAUUAGAUAUGCUUAUGAAAUUAUGUAAGUCCGGUAAUAAGAGCAUGAAGAAGUAUGUUCCGGAAUUGAUUGAACAUUUCAUCAAUUUAUUCUCAAGUUUAGAGCCAGAGGUUGUUAACUAUCUAGUUUUAAAUGCCAGUAAGUAUAACGUUGAUCAUAAUGAUAUUGAUGCUAAAAGAAUGAAGAGUGUUGGCCAUUCUCCAUUGAUGGAUGCUAUUGACAAAUUGGUCAAUCAAUUAGAUAAUUCAAAUUUACCCGACUUUAUUAAUAAAUUGGAAAGAGCAAUCAAGAAGGGGGUUGGUUUGCCUUCGAAGGUGAGUGCUGCCAUGGUCAUUAUGAAUAUGGUUACCCAUCAUUUACAAUUAAUCAAACCGUAUGGAGACAAAUUAUUGCUAGUAACUAUGGAACAAAUAAAUGACAGGAAUGAUACAAUUGCAUCUAGUUACGCAGCAGCUUGUGGGUAUCUUUGUCGAGUUUCUAAAGUAGACACUAUAAUCAAGUUAUCGAAGAAAAUAACUCAAAUGUAUUUUGAAGGUUCAGAAGCUGGUGACGAGAGAUCUAGAAUUUUGGCUUCAAUUGCCAGUGAAAAUGUUUCCAAAUACGCUGGUGAUAAAUUUGAACCAGUGAGUUCGGCGUUCCUACCAGUUGCAUAUAUUGGUAAAUUUGAUCCGAACAAACAAGUGGUUUCUAAUUUUGAACACGAAUGGAUUGAAAAUACUAGUGGUGGGAAUUCGGCUAUUAAGUUGUAUUUGGUUGAAAUUAUUGACUUGGUUAAGAAAUACCUCAAAUCCAACGAGUUCUCUAUUAGAAAGACUUUAGCAAAAGCAUUAUCGAACUUGUGUUUGGUUAUCGAUAAUUUGAAUCAAUUUUCAACUGCCAUUAUUGAGGAAAUUUUACAGCUCUUAAUAGAGUCGAAUAAGGGGAAGUCAUGGGACGGUAAGGAGUUGGUAUUUGAUUCUUUGAUUUCAUUCGCUAUAAUGUCCAAGUCGUACAUUAAUCAUCAUGAGAAUAUUGGCGAGGCUAUCAAAAAGACUGUCACUGUUGAAAUAAAACGAAGAAACAAAGCUUAUCAAAAACAAGCCAUUCUCACAUGUGGGAAAUAUAUCCACCAUUUCCACGAAGAUGACGAAAUGGUAGAUUUGUAUAUUGAAAUAAUGAGAAAAGUAUUGGAUGACAAGUAUGAAACCACUGAUGAUGACGAUGAUGAUGAUAUGGAAGAUGGUGAUGCCAAAAAAUUAAAUGCCAAAGAAAAUAUUGAAUGGGAGGAAAACAAAUUGAAAGUGUUGCAGAACCUUUCUGUCGCAUUCUACACUACCCCAGAUAUCAAAUUUGAAUUGUUUAAAUUCACGUUUGAACAAUUGAUUGAGAUGUUUAAUUCCAAGAUUAUUGAAAACACAUGGAGAUCCAAGUUACAAACAACUGAAAUAUUUAAAAAAAUAUUGACCGAAAUCGACGAUUCCAACCAAAAGGUUGACACUAAAAUUCUUGUUGAAACAUGGAAUUUCCUUAGACAGCAAUGCUUAGUUGCUGACUCUAUUGAAAAUGUCAAGAUUCAAUUUAUUAGAUUAUCUAAACAAUUAAGUGACUAUGUCACUAAAAUUGGUGAACUGGCUCCGGUAAUCAAUGAAUCACUUGAUGAGUUUUCUGUAAAUGAAACUUCCAAUGUUGUACUUACUGAACUUAGAAAGAAAAGAUAG